GAUGAAAAUCUGCUUCAGGUUUGAAUUUUUUCUCCCUUAGAGGGAAAAUGAGCUGAAACACAAACAGUCUGAGGAUAAAGAGACAAACACACGGCAGCCGACACAAUCGAGUCAGACAGACAGACAGACAGGAUCCUGAUGUCUGUGUACAGCAGAAGACCCACUGAUGGAGCUGUCCUCCAGCUGCACCAGGAGGCCCAGUCAGAGCCUCCACCCUGUAAGAGGAGGAGCAGAGAGAAGGUGGAGGUGAUGAAGAGGAGGAGGAGGAAGAGGACAGCAGGAGGCUUUGGGGAGAACAGAGAUCCAGGAGAAGAUCUGCAGAGGAAUGUUGGCGCACAGAACCUGAAGAGAGAGCACAGAACAACCAGGACUGCAGUCAGGACUGGGUCUGUGUUCAGGAGAGGUGAGAUCCAGUCCUGCAGACCUGAGGUCAGAGUGGCCCUGAUUAGGAAGACCAGGAUCCAGACUUCAGUCCGGACCUCUGUCAGGACUGUGGAGCUCACAGGGUCUGAACUAAGUCAGGGUCUGAUCCUCACAGACCAGCCUGAUCCAGGAUCCACUGAGACCCAGCUAGAACAGAGACCAACCAAGCUUGGACAGACCAGGACCACAGAGUUCACCCAUGAGGUAAGGCCCAGGUCCAAGGUAAGAUCCAGGUCAACAUCCAGAUCCAGGUCCAGGUCGACGUCCAUGGCAGGUGUGGUCUCUGUUCAGUCCUCUGAGACCAGGUCCAGCAGGAGGUCUGACAUAAUCCCAGAUCCAGCUGGAAUCAGGUCUACGUCGACGAGGAGGAGGACCAAGAUUCACCCAUCUGUGUUCAGAGGAAGAGGUCAGCUGAGGCUGUCGAUCACUCCAGAGGUGGGCCAGCUUGUCAUUCACAUCAUCGAAGCCCGAGGCCUGAUGGGAAAAUCUCACAGGUCAUGUGACUCUUACGUGAAGCUGGUGGUGACCUCUGACCAUCACCGCAGCAUCACCAUGAAAACUCCAACAGUCCUGAACAAGAAAAACCCAGAAUACAACCAGAGCUUCACACUGUGUAUCAGUGAUGACAUCCUCCUGAAUAGGUUGUUGGUCUCAGUGUUCAGCAGGUGUGGUCAGCUGAUUGGCUGUAUGAGCUUUGGGAUUGGCUCUCUUAUCUCAUCCUCAAAGGUUAUCACUGGUUGGUUCUACCUUCUUGGGGAGGAGUUUGGGUGGAGAAAACACCUGAAUGUGACAUCACAACAGAACAAACAAAUAAGGAGCCUGAAGGACAAAGCAGAGAACUGUGCAGAACUCAGGAGGACUCCAGACUCUGCUCCAGAUACAGACCAGAACCACAUCACCACCUCCACUUCCACCACCUCCACCCUGUCGAACAGCACCACCACUGCUGGACUCAGAGACCUGACCAACAGCUUGACCUCCAGCUGCCUCCACACCCUUGACCCCACCAACGAUAACUUCAGCAGCUAUGCCUCCAUCCUGUGUGCCAACACCAACCAGCGCCAGGUGACCAAAACCAGCGGUAGCACCACCCAGAGAUUGACGGUGAACGUCAUUCGAGGUAAAGACGGUUUUGGAUUCACGAUCUGUUCUGACUGUCCAGUCCGAGUCCAGGCUGUCGACUCAGGCGGACCGGCUCAUCAGUCCGGUCUCCGCCAGGGAGACUCGGUCCUGCAGCUCAACGGACUUCCUGUAGAAACCUGGAAGUGUGUCGACCUCGCCCACGCCAUCAGGAGCUGUCCGUCUCAGAUUAUGUUGGUGGUGUGGAGAGGUUUACCUGAGCUCAGGUCAGGAUGUGAAGCUUUGCCCCGCCCACAGACGCACAACAUGACAACAGGCAGGAAGCUGCUGCCUCACCCCACACACAGUAAACAUGGCCGCAGGUGGGGUCAGCGGUCGGGUGUCAGGUCCAGUCUGGGGGCUCUGGGUUCUCUUUGGAGGGACAGGAACGACGACCAGGAGGAGGAAAAGGAGGAGGAGGAGGAAGCAACUGAGUUCUCACCCCGAACCACCACACUGAAGGGAACCCGCAUGACAUCAUCACAAGGAGACAAUUACAUCAUCCUCUCACCAGUCAGUACAGGAGGACAGCUGCUGCAGCCGGUUUAUCACAACAGAAACGGAGCCAUCGGCCGUCUGUACCAGACUCACCCCAGCAGAGGACAGAACCUCCUUCAUGACCCUCGAUCAUCAUCAUCACAGCAACCGUUCUCCAGUCACACCUCCACUCUGCCCCCACCCCCCUCCACCUCUACCUCCUCUUCAUCAGCCCCACCCAGUAGCUUUGGCAACUACCAGAACUGCACCAUCGUCCAAUCACAUCUGCCCUGCUCCUCCUAUGGAACCUAUGUCAGCCUGGCGCCCAAAACUCUCAUCUUCCCCAUCUUUGUCCAGCCUCUGGAUCUGUGUAGUCCAGACAGAACCCUGCUGAUGGCCGAGGAGAUGGUUCUCCACCAGGCUGACCUGCUGCCUAUGAAGGUGACAGUGUUGAUCUACAGUGAUCUGCUGCUCUUCACUAGAGAGGAUGAGGCCGGACGCUGCAACGUUCUACAGAGUCCAGUGUACCUGAACACACUGCAGCUCAGAGAGGUGGCGUCGGAGCCCCUCCACGUCUACUUCCUACAGAGCUCUCAGACGUGUUGGCGUUGUCUCUUCAGUCUGGAGGCGUUCAGCAUCGAGCAGAAGGUCAGAGUCAGCCUCUGUCUCCAUGAUAACAUCCAGCUGCAGCUGGUCACCACAGAGACCGGGCACGCCCACCACCAGCUCUCAGACCUCCCCUCAGACUUCGGCCUCCUCUCUCUCCCCCAGUCUGACCUCCUUUAUCGUUCCUCCUCUCCGUACUCCUCCUCUGUUCCUCCCAACCUCUGCCCCUCCUCCUCUAUCUGUGACCCUCUGAAACCUCCAUCCCCCUCUCCUUUCUCCCCCAGCUCUCCCUUCUCCUCCUCCAGUCCUCCUCCACCCUUUUCCUCUCUACCUCCAUAUACUGCCUCACCUCCUUCCAGGACCUUUACCUCAUCAUCUCAGCUUCUCCCCCCACCUCCCUCUUCCUCCUACACCCAGAGGAGUCCAGUCUGGAAGGCGAGGGGAGGAGCAGAGGAGGAGGAAAGGACAAUUAGAAGGAAGGAGGAGGUGGUGGAGGAGCGUCAGCAGGGGGAGGGAGAGAGCGCCUCUGAAACAUCUGAGAAUGUGGGAGGAGUUGUGGGGCGGAGCCUACAGCUCAGCCUGCACCACUUCAACAUGAAGGGGGAGGAGAGUGAUGAAGAGGAGGAGAAGGGAGGAGAUGCUGAGGAGUUCACCUCCUACUACAGACCUGAAGUUCUACGCCGCUCUCUCUCUGAGGGUUCUCUACUCCAGGAACCUCGUUCGCCCCGCUUCCUCUCCGACAGUACCAUCCACCAACUGACCCGCCCCACCACCUUUGACCUGGACCUGGAUCCUGCCCCCCAGCCUCCCUCCAUCCACACCCUGAGGAAACAGCUGACCAAAGAGGGGGGGUCUCUGCAGCACAUGCUGCUGCUCCUCAAUGGCACCAAGGAUGCUGAAUUCAGAAACCUUCAACUGAGGAAAAAAACUAAGAGUCUAGCCGCUGACGUUCGAAGCCGCCUGCUGUUUCUACGACGACUGAAAAACAGCAGCUGUGUGGAGGGUAACAGUUUGGAGAAAGCUCUGAGAAACAACAGACCAUCUACAAAGGAGGUGCUGAGGUGGGCGGAGAGUCUGGAGGCUCUGCUGACCAAUCAGUAUGGUCUGGCAGUGUUUCGUCACUUCCUGAGGUCAGAGUUCAGUGAGGAGAACCUCGACUUCUGGUUGGCUGUGGAGACAUUCAAGAGGACACGCCCCCUCAGCAAGAUGGCUGCCAGAGCUGUGAAACUCUACGAAGAGUUUAUUUCAACCAAUGCAGCGAGACAGGUCAACGUGGACUCAACUGUCAGAGAAUCGACCAAUCAGAGCCUGCUUCUUGGCGUUAACCCUGCCUCUUUCCAGUUGGCCCAGGAUCAGAUUUUCAGCCUGAUGGAGACCGACAGUUACCCACGUUUCCUCAGGUCCCGCCUCUAUGCACAGCUGGCCAAUCAGGGCACACAGAUGGCCAGUUAAAACAGAGCUUUUUGACACCAGACAGCCAAUCAUAAGUGAGGAGGAGACAGAGUCCAGAUUUAUGGUUAGCCAAUCAGAGGCUCCAAGCAGCCCUAUUCAGAGAAGAGCUGGCCAAUAAAAGACACGUUCCAGCUGCAUUAUGGGAAACAUAGUGUUCACUGUUUCAGUCUCUAUUGCUCAGAUCGACCUUGUGUUUUCUAAAAAAAAAAUAUAUGAUCAGCUUGUAAAACAGAACUGAUGAUAUCAUCAGCUUGACUCUGAGUUUACUCUGUUAGCUCAUGUUAGCAUGCUAACUUGCUAAAUUUAGAUAGUGAGGAUAAAACCUGCUAAACAUGUAAGUAUGUUGGUGUAGCUGUUAGCAUAGCUGAAGGCUGAUUAUUCCUCUUAUUGUUGAUGAAGACAAAAUCAGUUAAUCUGCUGUUUUUAUUCACAUUUUAAAUGUUUUUAUUAGAACUCUGCAGACAUGUUGAAACAUCUGUAGAAACAUCUGUUGGAUUCUGACUUUAUGGAUUUUUACUCUUAGUUUUUCAUGUAACUGAAAUUAGUGAAUUAUGUGUUUUAUCAAACUGUAACUGAAGAUUAUUAAAGAUGAUGAUAAAGAUAAAAGCGGAGUGAGUGGUAACAUUUCUGCAGGCUCCGGUUGAAAUGUUUGUUUUAGUCCUAGAAUUGUGAACCUUUCCUGUAUACCAAAAAAUAUAAGUAUGAGAAUAUACCGAGAAAAUAAAUAAA